AUGUCAGUCAUGAAGCCUUGUUUAAUGACCAUUUCCAUCCUUCUGAUCCUGGUUCAUAAGACUCCAGGUGGCCUGUUCAGAUCCUCCUAUGACAAAAGCCAAGAAAAGCCUUGGAAUCCAUGCCAGCUUCACCAAGGGGCAUGCCGAAACGCCUGCAGAAAACAUGAAAUUCAAUACUUAACCUGUCUAAAUGAUGAAAAGUGCUGCCUGAAAUUUUUUGUGCAAAUGGCCAGUUCUAACAACAUGAAGGAGGAUUAUAACUCCGACUCCAACCUGUCAGUUACAAACCCUUCAAACUAUCCUCAAAUUUGA